UCAUGAUGAAUAAGCAUGAUGAGAUACCUCCAGUUGCUGCACAUGCACAGCUUCACACCUAAAAAAAGAAAGUACAAAUGGCGUAGAGACAAACAAAACGUCCAACCCCAAGAAACUCUGAGAAAAGGACACCAUCAUCUAAAUCAGCUGUGGAUCUUAAACUUGCCCACCAUGGCCAAUUCCUCCACUUCUCCGGCAACCCAAAUGCCAAUCCCUCCCCAAAUUGGCCAUCUUCAGCUCCACUUUGUUCUGAUCCCUCUCAUGUCUCCGGGCCAUCUUCUCCCUAUGGUGGACAUGGCCAAGCUUUUGGCUCAGCAUGGUGUCACAGUGACCAUACUCACAACUCCCGUAAACACUGUUCGAUUCAAAUCAACCAUUGAUCGAGCAGUUGACUCCGGGCUGCAGAUCCGGCUGCUGCAGCUCCUGUUCCCGGCCGCCGAGGCCGGCCUGCCUGAGGGCUGCGAGAACAUGGACUCACUGCCCUCCAGAGCCACCAUCAAGAAUUUCUUUGAUGCUUGCAAGAUGCUGCAGCAGCCAUUUGAGGAGCUCUUUGCCAAGCUGCAGCCCCCUCCAAGCUGCAUAAUUUCCGGGAAAAAUCUUGCUUGGACAGUGGAAACAGCAAGAAAGUUUGGGGUUCCCAGAAUUUUCUUUGAUGGGAUGAGCUGCUUUUCGUUUUCUUGUACCCAUAAUUUGGAAAUUUCCAACGCUCAUGGGGCUGCAGCCUCCAAGUUUGAGCCUUUUCUGGUGCCUAAUUUGCCCCAUCAAAUUCAGCUGACCAGAGCUCAACUUCCUGAAUCACUGAAUCCGGGCUCACCGGAUUUAACUGAAGUUCGAGAUAAAAUGAGGGCAGCCGAGAGUGUAGCAGAUGGGAUCCUGGUGAAUACUUUCGAAGAAUUGGAGGCAGAAUAUGUGAAAAUGUACAGAAAGAUUAAGGGUGGGAAAGUCUGGUGUAUUGGGCCAGUUACAUCUUGCAACAAGCUGAGCCUGGACAAGGCUGAGAGGGGCGAAAAGGCCUCGAAAUAUGCUCAAAACCAGAUACGCGAUUGGCUGGAUUCAUUUGAGCCUAACUCAGUAGUUUAUACCUGUCUUGGAAGCAUAUGUGGCCUCACAGCUCCACAACUCAUAGAGCUUGGGCUAGGCCUGGAAGCGUCAAACCAUCCCUUCAUUUGGGCGAUGAGAUCAUCGGGUGGAGAGAAAUCACAGGAGUUGGAGAAAUGGAUGAUUGAAGAGGGGUUUGAAGAGAGAAGCAAAGGGAGGGGCCUUGUGAUCAGAGGCUGGGCCCCCCAAUUGCUCAUCCUAUCCCACAAAGCCACAGGGGCAUUCUUGACGCACUGUGGGUGGAACUCAACAGUGGAGGGUGUUUCAGCUGGUGUGCCCAUCAUAGCCUGCCCUUUGUUUGCCGAGCAGUUCAUCAAUGAGAGGCUGGUGGUCGAUGUUCUGGGGAUUGGAGUCAGUGUUGGAGUUGAGGCUGCAGUGACAUGGGGAAUGGAAGAGAAGUUCAAAGGGGUGGUGAUGAAGAGAAUGGAUGUGAAGUGGGCUGUGGAGAAGGCAAUGGAGAAGGGAGAAGAAGGGAAAGUGAGGAGGGAAAGGGCCAAAGAGAUUGGGGAGAUGGCAAGGAGGGCAGUGGAAGAAGGGGGUUCUUCUUAUCUCAAUAUGGAGAUGUUGAUCCAAUAUGUAUUCCAACAAACAAUAGGCAAGUAAUUAUUACACUUUUUUCCCUCUUUUUUUUGCAGCCAUUACCCUUCCUUUCAUGUGUAUAGAUUUCAAAGGGCUUGAAUUUGGCUAUUUAUGUGUGUAGCCACAAUAAAAGAGAUUAGGGUUUAGAUGGACUUAGUAGAAAUAUGCUGCUAGUCUUGUCUUCUUUUCUCUUGUUUUUUUCUUUUAUUAUUUUUAUUUUAACUAGAAAAUUAGAGAUACUGUAAAACAAUAUAAUAUUAAUUGUUACGU